UAACCAGAAAUUUCAGAUGAAAAUAUUUUGCAAAGUUCGCUUUACUCAGCUUUUGAAAGCCUUCAACGAUCUGACAUUAAGGUGGCAAAAAAGUUUCUUGAAGUGAGCUUUUAUAUAAACAAACAAGAAUAAUCUGAUGUUUUAUAUUUAUGCUUUGACAUUUAUGUCAGUAUAUGAUUUUGAAUUGAAUUAACAAUUUGAAUUAUCUGUUUUUUUAUCUAAGUUAGAUUUUAGAUAGACUGGUCCGUAAUCUGUGUUAUCUGGUUCUAGGGUUAAUAUCUCAUUUUUAACUUUUUGUAUUAUGAUUAGUUUUCAAGUUCUAAAACAAUGAAGCGAUUGAUUUCUAGCGUAUUCUUUUUUGUGACAUCUCCUCGUCGAUUCGCUAGAGAGCGCAUAAAAUUACCUUUAGCAAAAUUCGUUUAUGAUACUAUCGACAUAUAUAAAUCCCGAACAAAAAAAGGAGUGAACAAUUUGAGGGAGAUAUUAUUUAGAGGAUCAAUUGUAGCAUUGUUGACUGCAUUGAUUGUAUGGCUUUCAAUAUUUAUGUAUGUUGCAUUUUAUUAUGUCUAUGUACCUACUAUAACACACGAAAAACCAGUGUAUCUCAAAUUCAAACCUUGUGAAAAAUGGGAUGUACACAAAGGUAUAUGCAGUUUCCCUUCAGGAAGUGUUCAUUUUAACCACAAGCAACAAUCUCUUAUGGCAGGACAGCCAUACAAAGUAUUCCUAGAACUUAUAAUGCCAGAAUCUCCCACGAACAAAGAUCUUGGGAUGUUUAUGGUUUGUGCGGACUUUCAUAGUACUGAUGGCCGUUUAAUCACAAACUCCUGUAGAUCUGCUAUGCUUCGCUAUCAAAGUGUUAUGUUGGAUAUUCUUUUUAAAAUGGUCUUGAGUCCCUUUUAUAUGGUCAGGCAUUUUGAAGAGAAACAGAAGAUUUAUAUUGAACUCUUUUCUAGUUAUUUAGAACCAGAGGAUCAAAAGGUGUCAGAUAUUCACAUAGAAAUACAGACUAAACAUAUCGAAAUAUAUUCAGCUAAAUUCACUAUUAGUGCCAAUUUUUCGGGUCUAAGAUAUAUUAUGUUUCAUUUUCCCAUAUUAUCUGCAGUUAUUGGUAUCACAUCUAACUUAUUCUUCAUUGCUUUUGUGAGUAUGAUCAGCUGGUAUCAGAUUAUCAAUUCCGAAGAAUAUUUGGAGUAUCUUAGAUCUCAUGGUGAAAAUAAUCCAGAGGAUGUUCACAGAACUUAUAUUUUGGAGAAAGAUACUUCUUCAUCAGAAGAAGAUAUUUCAGUUGUUGGUUCAGAAGAGGGUGAGCGCUUGAGGAGGAGAGGAAUGAGUGCAUCAGAAUGUUAAACGGCUUUAUUCAGCCAGCAAUAGUUCCUUAUUCCAUAAAAAACUAUAAUUUACCAAAGAUGAUAAAUAUAUUUUUAUAUACUGUUUAUUAUUGUUCCAGGUGUGUUCAUUUUAUUUUUCAUAGCCUUUUCAUUUGUCUGAAGGCUAUUCGAGAGUUCAAUGAAUUCAAUACAUCUUGUCAAAAGUAA